AUGUCCUUCAGAGGUGGUAGGGGCAACCUUGGUGGUUUCGGUCUGAAUAAUAAUGCAUUCUCCAAUAUCAGCGGGAAUAAUGGAGUGGAGGUUGAAAUAACUGGCUGGAAUGGCGCCUCUGCUCAAGAGUGUAUUAGUUUCAUCUCCCGAAAAUGCAAAAUCACAGUUACCAACUACACUGUUAACAAUGCAACUGGUGGAAUACGAGGCUUUGUUCGCUCUCCCAGCGAAGCGGACCAGCUAACGAGCUGGUCUGGUGUGAGGUUUGCGGGCGGCGUGUUGAAGAUAUUUAAGGUCAAUUCAAAUCAGCAACUGGGUUUUGGUGCACAAGGAGGACCAGACAACACUGUCCAGACGCUCAAAAUGUUCUUAAAGCUGAGAUAUAAUCCUGAACUCAAACUUUUGAAUUUGAGCGCUGUUCAACAAGACCCUACUCUUUCAGCAAAGGGGUUUUUCUCAUCCGUUUCGACUAAAUCGAAAGUCAUCACUGCAAUGAUAAAAGUGGCCUGUGAAAUGAAGUUAGACUUCACCAGCGCAGAUUUAUCCAAUAACGAUCUCACUGAUCUUACGACUGUCUCAGAUUUGGCUCGCGAGUUUCCUAAAUUGCAAAAUUUGGCCUUGCUGAAUAAUAGGUUGGCGCGAGUGAAGGUUUUUGAAGUUUGGAAAAAGAAGCUUGGCUACCUUAGAGAACUUAUUCUCGCAGGGAAUCCACUCCUCAACACCACCAAUCCUACUGAAGUUAAUUCUAUAAAAUCAGAGCUUCUUAAAGUGUUCCCUCGUCUAGUUAUUUUGGAUGGUGAGGUCUUGAGAAAUGAAGAAGCUCUUCGUAAAAAUCUAAGCCUACUGUUUGACCGUCCUCAAGCUAUGUUCUUCCAAGACGAUGAAACUAGAGCUCUUUCGACGAAUUUCAUCACAAAUUUCUAUAACCUAUGGGACAGCAAUCGCCAACAACUUAUGGUUCUAUAUCAAAACGAAUCACAGUUCUCAGUGCAGAUCGACAUGUCUCAUCCGAAAGCGUUUGAUUCGAAGGACUUGCCUGACUUUUCGUAUUACCUUCCUUUAUCAAGAAACUUGACUAAGAUGUCCUCUGCCAAAGUCAGAAUGGGUAAACUAGCUCACGGACAAGAACAAAUUUUUAAAUCGUUCACACAAAUACCCAAGACACAGCAUGAAUUAUUAACAAAGCCUGAUGAUUUCAGCAUGGAGUGCUACCGAUUACCGCAGAUGGGAGCUAUUAGUAUAACUUUGCAUGGGAGUUACAAAGAAGUUGCACCACCGGAAAAUUUGGAGCAAAUGAACAACAAUCAUGCAAGGAACAAAUAUCAACCCAAAAAGAAAGUGACCCUCGGUACCAAAGGAUUCGACAGAACUCUCAUUGUCAUACCCGGGCCAAAUAAUAGCAUGAUAGUGGCCAGUGAUCUUCUAUGUGUUCAUUCAGAUGUUGGGUCAGACGCUUUCAGGCCUGAACAGAUUACCCAAGCAUCUCCACAACCUCAAAACACGCCAUCGCCAGCUCCAGCCGUAGGAACAGCGGCAACACCAAGCCCUGGAGUUCCCAACACGAACACCCCCACCCCCCCUGGAGUCAACGUGCCCACAGCAGCGGACCUUCCUGCUCAAGUCAAGGCCAAUUUGAAUGUCAUGCAGCAGGAAUUACUUGUGAAAGUCCUCCUAGAGACAAAGCUCAACAUCGAGUACGGGGUGUUGCUUUGCCAACAAAGCAACUGGGACUACCAACAAUGCAUAUCAAACUUCAAAAUCUCGGCAUCUACUCUUCCGCCAGAUGCCUUUGCACGUUAA